AUGAAGGGACAGAGUAAUGGUCUGAAGAAUUCGCCUGCCAGCCGCCCCCCCCGGUUGUCCGUCACAACCAGUACUGAAGAUGAUCCGGAGCGGACUGAGCUCAGCCCCAGCAGAGCCCUGUCUGCAGGUGAUGACACCUCCUCGGAGCUGCAGAGGGUGGCUGCGUUGGACAAUGCAGAUCAGCCAGACCGCUCCACCUUCCAAGGGAGAGGAGCUCUGUCCAGGAUAGUCCGGCUGGUCGUGGUGCUCAGAGACUGGGCUAACAAAGGCUUGCGGGAGGAGGAGCAAAGGCCAGACUCGUUUCUCGAGCGGUUCCACGGGCCGGAGCUCCAGACGGUGACUGAAGGAGACGGCAACGCCCAAGGGGACCAAGAAAACAACGGCAGCAAGCGUAAAAAGAAGAAAUGGGAGCUCUUUGUGGUGGAUCCUGCUGGAGACUGGUAUUACCACUGGCUGCUUGUCAUUGCAGUGCCCGUCCUUUACAACUGGUGUUUACUUGUGGCAAGAGCCUGUUUCAGUGACCUCCAGAGGGACUACUGGAUCCAUUGGCUGGUGCUGGACUAUGUCUCGGACUGUAUCUACGUCGCCGAUAUUGUCAUUCGGCUGCGCACAGGUUUUUUGGAACAGGGUCUGCUGGUCAGGGACCCGAAGAAGCUACGGGAUAACUACAUCACCACCUUACAAUUCAAGCUGGAUGUCCUCUCCAUCUUGCCAACAGACCUGGCCUACCUUGCAGUGGGAUUACAUCAGCCUGAACUACGCUUCAACCGGCUGCUGCACUUCUCCCGCAUGUUUGAGUUCUUCGACCGGACCGAGACCAGAACCAGCUAUCCAAAUAUCUUCAGGAUCAGCAACCUGGUUCUCUACAUCCUGAUAAUCAUCCAUUGGAACGCCUGUAUUUACUAUGCCAUCUCCAAGGCCAUUGGGUUUGGGACGGACACCUGGGUGUACCCCAAUAUCACCGACCCUGAGUAUGGCUAUCUCGCCAGAGAAUAUGUCUACUGCCUCUACUGGUCCACUCUGACCCUGACCACCAUUGGGGAGACCCCACCCCCGGAGCGCGACGAGGAGUACCUCUUUGUCAUUGUCGACUUCCUCAUUGGUGUCCUGAUCUUCGCCACCAUCGUGGGGAAUGUGGGCUCCAUGAUCUCCAACAUGAAUGCCACCAGGGCAGAGUUCCAGGCCAAGAUAGAUGCCAUCAAGCACUACAUGCAAUUCCGCAAGGUCAGCAGGCACAUGGAGGCCAAAGUUAUCAAGUGGUUUGACUACCUGUGGACCAACAAGAAGGCUGUGGAUGAGCGUGAGGUCCUCAAGAACCUCCCUGACAAGCUGAGGGCAGAGAUUGCCAUCAAUGUCCACCUGGAGACUUUGAAGAAGGUGAGAAUCUUCCAGGACUGUGAGGCUGGUCUGCUGGUGGAGCUAGUGCUGAAGCUUCGACCACAGGUUUUCAGCCCAGGAGAUUACAUUUGCCGGAAGGGGGACAUUGGCAAGGAGAUGUACAUCAUCAAGGAAGGAAAGCUGGCUGUGGUGGCAGACGAUGGCGUGACCCAGUACGCUUUACUCACCGCGGGAAGCUGCUUUGGCGAGAUCAGCAUCCUCAACAUCAAAGGGAGCAAAAUGGGCAACCGGCGCACGGCCAACAUCCGAAGCCUUGGCUACUCAGAUCUCUUCUGCCUGUCGAAGGACGACUUGAUGGAAGCUGUGACCGAGUACCCUGAUGCCAAGCGGGUCCUGGAGGAGCGUGGCCGGGAGAUCCUGAUCAAGGAAGGGCUUCUGGAUGAGUCUGCGGCCGCAGAGAGCUCGGAAGGGAAGGACACUGAGCAGAAGCUGGAGAGGCUGGAGUCCCACCUGGACACGCUGCACACCCGUUUUGCCCGGCUCCUGACUGAGUACAAUGCUGCCCAGCUGAAGCUCAAACAGCGCAUCACUGUCUUGGAGUCCAGGGUAAAGCAGUACAACCAGGAGGAAUUCUUCUCCGACAGCUCAGACAGCCCUCUGGAGGAAGAAGCAGCAGCUAAAUCCAAAGGACAGGAGUGA